GAUGUUGUAUACUGAAACAGCAGCUGUUAGCAAUAUGUUAGAAUCAGUGGUUUCUCUCUGUAUUCCUCGCCGAUCUAUCAUUUGACAGGAAACUGGCAAUGACUUAACAUGGAUAGAGGAAUCAAUCAUGUAUCCAGUCAGGCUCUAUUUGCUGACUCGGUAAAUCGAGGAAGUAAGCUUUUGAUGUGAAGUGAACCGACGAUUUUUUGAACGUGACUGUGGCAGAACAAUCACGGAUCCCAGAUCCUUAAUACGGACCCUAUUUGCGAUGAACCGAGAAAGUACAUGAUGCUCGGGAAACAGCCUCGUCCAACAAUCCAGGUUGCAGAUCUCUCGAGGAAAAAGAUGGGAAGCCAUUACAGAGUGACGUCAGAGACCUCGAGUUUGAUGAGUGGCAGAGGCCGAGAGGAAGAGGAGGAGGAGGAAGAGGCCAUGCAGUGGGCGGCCCUCGAGCGUCUGCAGCGUCUUUCGACGUACGAUCGUGUCCGAAAAGUCGUGCUGAGAGGCGUUACCGGCGAUUUCAAGGAGUUCGACAUGAAGAAUUUAGGGUUUGAGGAGAGAAGAGAGCUGUUUGAUAGGGUGAUUACGAACAACGAUGAGAAUUGGCAUGAAGAAUACCUUCGUAGGCUCAAGAAACGUAUUGACAGAGUCUCACUGGAUCUACCAACAAUCGAAGUCCGAUACAAGGAUGUGAACGUGACGGCCGAAGCCUACGUUGGUAACAGAGCUCUUCCCACAAUCAUGAACUCCUUUGUUAACAUCGUCGAGGAUUUUGGAGCUCGUGUCGGCCUUCUCUCGGAUCGAAAGAAAAAAUUCUCGGUUCUUACCGACAUUAGCGGUAUCAUCAAGCCCGGCAGAUUAACUCUUCUUUUAGGACCACCUGGAUCGGGAAAAUCGACGUUUCUUCAAGUUUUGUCUGGAAAACUCGAUGCAGGACUCAAAAUUUCGGGGGACGUUACAUACAACGGGCAUGAAUUUCACGAGUUUGUGCCUCAAAGAACUGCUGCAUACAUCAGCCAGUACGAUGUUCAUUUGCCCCAGCUAACUGUCCGUGAAACAUUAACGUUUUCCGCGAAAUGCCAAGGUGUCGGCACGGGAUAUGACAUGCUUGUGGAGCUAUUGAGAAGGGAGAAGAACCUGAAUAUCAAGCCAGAUCCUUACCUCGACGCUCUGAUGAAGGUUUCUGUAAUGAAAGGACACAAGGAAGAUGUCGUUACAGAUUAUGUCUUGAAGAUAUUAGGGCUUGAUAUAUGCGCUGAUACGAUAGUCGGAAACAAUAUGAUCAGAGGGAUCUCUGGAGGGCAAAAGAAGAGGGUGACAACAGGCGAGAUGUUGGUCGGUCCGGUCGGAGCUUUCUUCAUGGACAACAUAUCCGACGGUCUAGACAGCUCGACGACGUUUCAAAUCAUCAAAUGCAUCAGACAGAUGAUUCACGUUCUGAACAAGACGGCACUCGUUUCUCUUCUCCAGCCUCCCCCCGAGACAUUCGAUCUCUUCGAUGACGUUAUCCUUCUCGCCGAAGGGCGGAUCGUGUACCAAGGUCCCCGCGAAAACGUGCUCGAGUUCUUCGAGUCUAUGGGGUUUAAAUGUCCUGCAAGAAAAGGCACUGCUGAUUACUUGCAAGAAGUGAUAUCGAUAAAAGAUCAAGAACAAUACUGGGCUAAUCAUGAACUGCCUUACCGUUACGUAUCGGUUAAAGAGUUUUCAGAAGCUUUCAAGUCGUUCCAUGUCAGCAAAACCAUCAAGGAGCAGCUCGAAAUCCCGUUCGAUAGAUCGAAAAACCACCGAGCCGCUCUGACGAAAACCAAAUACGGGGCGAGCAAGUUCGAGUUACUGAAGAACUGCUUGGAAAGAGAAUACCUUCUGAUGAAGAGAACGAUGUUCGUUUACGGUUUCAAGUCAUUUCAACUUGAACUCAACGGGAUCAUCAUCGCCAUCGUGUUUUCUCAAUCGAAAAACUACCGCAGCACGGUAGAGGACGGAUACAUCUACAUGGGAUCGAUGUUUCUAAUAGUGCAGAUGGUUGUCUUCUCGGGUUUUUUCGAGCUCCCGAUGACUAUUGAGAAGCUUCCAGUGUUCUACAAGCAGCGGGAUUUCCUCUUUUUCCCGUCUUGGGCAUUCUCGUUACCAACCUCGAUCAUCGGCUUCCCUAUAUCCUUCAUAGAAGUCAUCAUACUGGUUGCAUUGACAUACUAUGUCAUCGGAUUUAAUCCGAGCGCUGCAAUGUUGUUUAAGCAUUACUUUGUUCUGUCUCUCUGCGGACAAAUGUCUUAUGGACUCUUUCGUUGCAUAGCCGCCAUAAGUCGGGAUCAUGUGGUUUCAAACACGCUCGGAUGUCUUGCUCUCAUGUGGCUCAUAACGUUCAACGGAUUCGUGCUGUCACGAAAAAAUGUGCAUAAAUGGCUCGUGUGGGGAUAUUGGACGUCUCCUUUGAUGUACGUUCAGACAGCGAUCUCGGUUAACGAGUUCUUGAGCGAUUCAUGGAGAAAAGUUCUUGAUGGAGCAAAAGAAUCUCUUGGAAAGACGAUUCUGAAAUCUCGAGGAACGUUUUCGGAAUCUUACUGGUAUUGGAUCGGAAUUCUAGCAUUGAUCGUCUCCAUAUUGUUGUCCAAUGCGAUCACUGCUUUGUCUCUGGCUUAUCUAAACGAAUACGGGAAAUCCCGAGUAGCGGCCGAGCGAGAAGAAAGCGUAGAAGAGAAGAGGAAAACUGAUCAAGACAGAACCAGGGACGGGACACGAACAGAACGACAACUCGGAAGUGUUGUGUCGAUGACGAGUUACGAUGACCAAGGAAUGCUUCUUCCUUUCAAGCCGCUUUGUCUAACGUUCGAGAACAUCAAAUAUUCGGUCGAUAUGCCUAAGGCGAUGAAAUCGCACGGAUUUGGAGAGGAAAGACUGGAACUUCUCAAGGGAGUAACCGGAGCUUUCAGACCGGGAGUUCUCACUGCCUUGAUGGGGGUUAGCGGGGCCGGGAAAACAACUCUAAUGGAUGUAUUAGCGGGCCGUAAAAACAGCGGAUACAUCGAAGGGGACAUCAAAGUUUCGGGUUUCCCUAAGAAACAAGAAAGCUUCGCUCGAGUUGUGGGAUACUGUGAGCAAUCCGAUAUCCAUUCGCCUCUUGUCACAGUUUACGAGUCCCUCGUUUACUCGGCUUGGUUAAGGUUACCCCGGGAUAUCGACGCUCGCAGCAGAGAGCUUUUUAUCGAAGAAGUGAUGGAAUUGAUCGAGUUGAAAUCGUUGAGGGACAUGCUUGUCGGGUAUCCAACGGUUAGUGGUCUCUCGACCGAACAACGAAAGAGGCUGACGGUAGCGGUUGAGCUCGUUGCGAAUCCUUCGAUCAUUUUCAUGGACGAGCCGACGUCAGGAUUGGAUGCAAGAGCGGCCGCCAUAGUGAUGAGAACGGUGAGAAACACAGUCGACACGGGAAGAACCGUGGUAUGCACAAUCCACCAGCCUAGCAUCGAUAUCUUUGAAUCCUUCGACGAGCUCAUCCUGAUGACGAGAGGAGGCGAAGAAAUUUACGUUGGACCGCUCGGGCAACAUUCUUGUCAACUGAUUGAGUUUUUUCAGAGCGUUAAAGGGGUCGAGAGAAUCAAGGACGGGAUCAACCCCGCGACAUGGGCGUUAGAAGUUACAACAAGGGCACAAGAAGACGUUCUUGGAGUUAAAUUUGCUGAAGUUUACAAGAAUUCAGAUCUCUACAGGAGAAACAAAGAGAUGAUCGCGGAGAUCAAUCAAAUCGGUCCCGAGGCGCAAGAUAUCCACUUCGAGACGAUGUAUUCACAGUCUUACUUCACUCAGUUCAAAGCCUGUUUCUGGAGGCAGCACAGAUCGUAUUGGAGAAACGUUCCUUACAACGCUUCUCGCCUUUGGUUCAGCGCCGCUGUGGGGAUAAUGUACGGAAUCAUCUUUUUCGGCCUCGGGAAACGAAGAGGAUCAAGACAAGAUAUCUUCAACAACGUUGGAGCGAUGACAACAUGUAUAAACUUCUUAGGAGCUCAAAGUGCCGCUACCGCUCGUCCGGUCGUUAUAGCCGGACGAGCCGUUUUCUAUAGAGAGAGAGCUGCGGGAAUGUACUCGGCGUUGCCUUACGCAUUGGCGCAGGUAGCGAUCGAGAUUCCGUACACGAUGGUUCAGGCCUGCAUAUACACGGUCAUCGUCUACGCGAUGAUCGGAUACGAAUGGACAGCGGCCAAGUUCUUGCUCACCUUGUUCUUCAUGUUCAUCACCAUCCUCUACUUCAUCUUCAAUGGCAUCGCCAUCAUCUCAGUCAGUCCAAGCCAAGAAUUCGGAGCGGUAUUAAACGGUAUCAUCUCUGUUCUGUGGACCGUCUUCUCGGGAUUCGCCAUUCCUAGCCCGAGAAUCCCAAGUUGGAUAAGAUGGUACACAAAGGUAUGUCCGGUUUCGUGGAGCACGUACGGAGUGGUGUCUUCUCAGUACGGAGACACACGAACAAGGCUCGAAACAGGCGAAACGGUGGCUCAGUUCAUGAGCGAUUACUACGGCUUCAACUAUGACUUCUUGUGGGCUGUGUCUAUUAUCCUCAUUGCGUUCGCUGUGUUCUUCGCCUCCAUUUACGCGUUUUCUGUGAAGGUUUUGAAUUUCCAGAAGAGGUGAGAUUCAAAAUCACAUCUUAUUAAUCUGCAAAAUUGUUGUGCUUUUCGGACCGUAUUGUAUAUCCUAUAGUUUUGCGUUUGAUUGCACCAAUGUGAUGGAUAAAAUAAUUGUAAUUUUGUUUUCCAUAUUGUAGCAAUAUAUUUAUGUGUCUUCACUAUGACAUGGCGUGGAUUUUGCGGAGUAAAUAUAGAACUGUAAUUUAUUCCAUAAUAGGACUCAAUUAAUUACAUUCAACAAAUGUAUGGAAAUAAGAUUACAGAAUUCUAAGGUUGAUUAUUGUUAUCAUGUUAUCAAAAUAAACUUGUGAAUACUGAAUUUUCAAGAUAGAAACAAUUAGAGUCAGAGUUAAUUAAGGUCCAGUUGCAAACUGGUCCAUGGCUAAAGAUACAAAGUUCCACUGAAUCAACAUCGACAUUGUUUGUUUGUUUUUUUUUCAAUUUAUUUAGAAUACACCACCAAUUUUUUUGGAACUCAAAGAUGUAGAUACUGCUUUUUUUUUUUUUUGGGUGAAGAGAUGCUUGUUAGUAAUCAUUGACGUCUCCUAAAGA